AUGAUAUCAAGUAUAGCUGAAGGAAUAGAAUUCUUACAUCUCAAUAACAUCAUACAUCUUGAUAUCAAACCUCAGAAUCUGAUGGUGGAUAGUAAGGAUAAGGAGGUGAAAAUUAUAGACUUUGGGCUUUCAAGGCAUGUGGACUGGGAAGGAACCCACAGAUCAACUGAUAGAAUAGCAGGUACUAGAGGGUAUUGGGCUCCAGAGUAUUGUCUCAGCCACAAGCUCUCCUACAAGCAUGAUGUUUACAGCUUUGGUAUUGUGGUGUUGGAGGUGAUAACAGGGCAGAAGCAUGUUGACAAUGCACGAGGCUCAAGCCAGUUCCAUAUUCCAGACUAUGUACGUUAUAUGAUGGCCUGUAAUCGUUUAGAAGAAGCUUUGGACGAAAGACUCAGAGUGGAAGGCUUUGAUGAGUGUGAUCUCAAGGAUGCUUUGGCUGUGGCAAAAUUAGGCCUCAAAUGUGCUGAGCGAGACAAGGAAGAGAGACCUGAUAUGAGUUAUGUGGUAAGGUUACUCAAUACCAUGAGUACAGAAAAUACUGAAGGAAACUCUUCUGAGAUGGGAGAUUAA